AUGGAUCUUGAUGCGAAUGGGGUUGUAUUUGAGGAAGCUUGGAGUAAGAUGGUUAGAAAAUAUGGCCUUCAAAAUAACAAGUGGGUAUUAGACACCUACAACAACAAAGGCAUGUGGGCUCAGUCAUAUUUGCGUGGUCAUUUUUUUGCUGGAAUGAAGAGCAGUCAGCGUUGUGAGGGUAUGCAUGCUUUUUUCAAUGAGCACCUCAAACGAAAAAUGAAACUAUUCGAAUUUGUUAGAUGUUUUGACAUGGCCCUUUAUCGGUUACGGAACAAAGAAGCGGAUGCCGAGGCAAAAACUGACAACAGUGAUCCUUGUCUUACCACAGCACUUCAACCUCUAGAGAAACAUGCAGCAACCAUCUUUACCAGACGUUUGUUCUUAAUGUUCCGUAAUGAAAUAAUUGAGGAAGCAUUGUUGAUUUUUGAUGGAAGGAAAGAGGAGUUCGAUCAUCGCAUAUACAAAUUUUCAAAGUACACUGAAUUUGGUUCCACAUGGGAAGUGUCAUACCAUCCCGCAACUAGCAUAAUGAAAUGUAGCUGCAAAAAGUUUGAGUUCUUUGGACUUCCUUGCAGCCACAUGAUUUCUGUGAUGAAAUGCGAACACAUGACUGAAAUUCUCCCAAGUUGUGUGAUGUAUCGUUGGACAAAGCAAGCAAGAAAGGUUGGAUUUGAAGAGGCUAGGAAUGCAUUUUUCACUAUGACAUGUCGGAUGAAGCAGCUUUGCAUGGCCAAGGGAACUAAUGUUGAUGAAGGAAAAAGUUCACUGCCGCCAUUUGGGGUUGGGGAUCCGAAAGUAGUGAACACGAAGGGGAAUACUGGGGGAUCCUACAUGGCUAAACCUCGAAAGCCAAGGCGAUGCCAAUGUUGCAGUCUUGGCAUUUCUGUUCUCUUUAAUGAUUGGUGA